AUGUGUGAUCCUUCAUCAAAAUGGUCAGGCGCUGUCGCAGCCGACUGUUCUGAAGGCUAUGAGGUCGUCGGGUCCAAGUGCAUCCACCGUUACACGGGUGGAUAUCUGACGUACGACGCAGCGGCCACUUACUGCACCCAGCACUUCGGCAGGCUGCCUGUGCUUAAAGACUGCGCUUCCUUCACUGAUGUCACUUCCUAUGUCAACGAUGGAUACUCAACUGAUUUCAACAACGGCUACUGGUUAGGCGCGACCAAUGGAACGCUCACCAAUGUUUGGCAGUGGAGUGACGGAGCGGCUGUGCAAAUGGGCGCUCCGUACUGGGCCAUGGUGAGUUAA